UUAGCAAAGAUCAAUUUAUUUAUGUUGUGCAUGUAUCCGCAAAGCCCGGGUGAUGCUGGCGUCUUCCAGAUUGCGUUGUAUUGCACGAUGUCCGAGUGUUUAUCCCGCGGGUUACGUAUGCAACGCAUGCAUAUGUGAGAAGGGAAAAGACUCCACCAUAAAGCUAUUUGGGGUUAACAAUGUUCAAGGAAACGGGUUUAAUUGACCUAUUUUCCAACACACUCCGGAGGGAGGGGAACGGAAGGGACGCAGCGAUGAGUGCCAAAGUCGACAUGGACGUUCCAACCAAAGAGCCGGACCGUACGCCACCAGUCUCCUCUUCCUCCUCCUCUUCCUCCACCACCACCUCCUCCUCCACCACCACCUCCUCCUCCUCUUCCUCCACCACCUCCUCCUCCUCCUCCUCCUCUUCCUCCUCGCCCCCCACCGACACCAUCCUCGUGUGCAGCAAAGAGGGGACGUCCAAGGGCCCCCUUCUUCCUCCCCCACCACCUCCUCCAGCUCCUUCUCCGUUGACCCAGACGACCACCACGGCUCUGCUCCUUCCAGCCAUAGUCCUACCCGGUCACCAAAAGCUGGAGGUGACGUCAGCCACUGUAGUGGCAGAGCCCGGGAAAGUGGGCGGGGUUAUCGAGGCGACCACACCCACAGCCCAGGUGGGCGGGGCCUGCAGCAUCGUCCACGUACUGGAGUGGAAGGAGGGAAUGACUCUUCUGCCCACCACUAACCUCAAAUUCUGUGUUGGCGAUGUGGGAACGCUGAGCGCGCUGAUCACCCCGGCGAUCGCCAGCAGCUCCCCCCAACCAGCCGCCGGGGCUUCUGGGAAGUCUGCCGCUGCGGAGGGAGCAGCAGUGACCACGACAGAUGCGUCGGCAGCCCCCGCCGUCCCAGUUUGCGGCCCCCCAGUGGAGGCGGUGGAGGGGGGGGUCCCGGUCGAGGUGGGGGUCCCGGUGGAGGCGGGGGUCCCGGUGGAGGCGGGGGUCCCGGUGGAGGCGGGGGUCCCGGUGGAGGCGGGGGUCCCGGUGGAGGCGGGGGUUCAGGCGGGACCGCGGCAGCAGAACCAGGAACCCCGAGCCCAGCGGACCUACCCAGAGGAGCUGCGCAGGGAGCCAAUCACAGAGAAGCGCAUCAUCGGCGUGGAGAAGAUCCCGGCGGGCGGCCGCGUCCCCUCCCUCAACCCGGACCACCUGAAGCCCAUGAGGAAGAGGAAGAGGAAGGAGUACCUCAGCCCCUCGGAGGACGACUCGGACAUGGAGGCGGGGGAGGAGAAAGCAGACGACUGCAAGACGGACAGCCGGCACAUCAGAGGAGCGGGGGACAAUAAGACGGAGCAGUGGACCUGGAGCCAGUACCUGGAGGACUGCAGCGCCAUCGCAGCGCCCCACCUGCUCUUCCAGGAGGCCCAGCGCGUCCCGACGGUGAAGAGCAGCUUCAAACAGGGGAUGAAGCUGGAGGGCAUCGACCCUCAGCACCCAUCCAUGUACUUCGUCCUGACGGUGGCCGAGGUCUGUGGCUACCGCCUGCGGCUCCACUUCGACGGCUACUCCGACUGCCACGACUUCUGGGUCAACGCCAACUCGCCGGACGUGCACCAGGCGGGCUGGUGCGAGAGCACCGGGCACAAGCUGUACACGCCCAAAGGCUGUAAAGAGGAGGAGUUCACGUGGAACAACUACCUGAAGAUGACUAAAGCACAAGUGGCGCCCAAGGAGCUGUUUGCAACUCCAGGAAGAAUCGACAUGCCAGGCGGGUUCGAGGUGGGCAUGAAGCUGGAGGCCGUCGACCGCAUGAACCCCUCCCUCAUCUGCGUAGCAACCGUAACCGACGUGGUGGACGAGCGCUUCCUGGUUCACUUCGACAACUGGGACGACACCUACGACUACUGGUGUGAUGCCAGCAGCCCGUACAUUCAUCCGAUUGGCUGGUGCCAGGAGAGGAACCUCCCCCUCACUCCACCCCAAGAUUACCCCGAGCCCGACCGCUUCUCCUGGUCGCGGUAUCUGGACGAGAGUUCCACCGCGGUCGUCGCUGAAGCCUUCAACGUGCGGGGGGCUCAUGACUUCCAGGUUCAGAUGAAGCUGGAGGCGGUGGACAAGAGGAGCCCGGGGCUGAUCAGAGUGGCCACGGUGGAGGAGGUGGACACGCACCGCAUCAAGGUGCACUACGGCUGGAGCCACGUGUACGACGAGUGGAUGGACUCGGACCACCCGGACAUCCACCCGGUGGCCUGGUGUGAGGCCACAGCCCACCCCCUCAAAGUACCGCCCAGCGACCCCAAAACACAGAGCAGCUCCCACGGUCCAAAGGAGAUCCCUGCCAUUGGCCAGUCCAGUUUUCCCGCCUCUGCGCCGUGUAAACCAAUCAGCCACCCGAGAACCAACAAGUACAGCUUCCAUCACCGGAAAUGUCCAACCCCAGGAUGCGACGGUUCCGGCCACGUGACUGGCCGCUUCACCGCCCAUCACUGCUUAUCCGGCUGCCCAUUGGCUGAACGCAACCAGGGACGACUUAAGGCGGACCUUUCAGACACAGAGUCCAAGAGAAACCUUUUCUUUGGCCAAAGGAACAAAAACCACUACCGUGGCAGGAUUGGUCGUCCUCCAAAAUACAGGAAAAACCAGCAGAGAAGCUACCAGAACAUGACCUCGGAGGGCGUGUACCCGUCCCUGUUCAUGUCGGCGCUGACCGUGCAGUCGGACCGCGCCCUGUCCCUCUGCUGGGAGCAGCACUGCAAGCUGCUGCCGGGGGUCCAGGGCAUCCACGCCAGCCAGGUGGCUGCCUGGAGCAUCGACGAGGUCUUUGGGUUCGUCCUCAACCUGACCGGCUGCGAGGACCAGGCUCGCCUCUUCAAGGAUGAGAUGAUCGACGGCGAGGCCUUCCUCCUGCUGACCCAGACGGACAUCGUGAAGAUCAUGAGCAUCAAGCUCGGCCCCGCCCUCAAGAUCUCCAACGCCAUCCUCAUGUUCAAGAGCACCGACGAGGGGCUCAAGUGACCCCGCCCCCGCGCCGGCCUCACCGGCCAAUCAUCAUGUGCCAAACCCAUCCCAUUGCUGAGAAAACAAAAAAGAAACAGCCACCGCCUCCACCUCCACCUCCACCUCCACCUCCACCCCCCCUCCCUCCAUCCGUCUUGUUUCCCAUGCCCAUCAGAGGAGGGGGGGGGGGGGCGUUCUGACCCGGGGUCUUAGGCGCCAUGGCGAUGGGUCAGCUGCGAACCGUGACCGCGAUGCAGAGUACCGUACGGCCCCGCCUCUCGCGCCCACCGACGUCUGGAGGAACGCGAGUACAACAGGUGGAUUCGGGAGGGGGGGCGGAGCCACAGUGGACUGCGGUCAGACGCCCCCCGACCAAUGAGAACACACUUAUUAGGGAGAACUACAGAGUGGUGCAUCCCACUCAUCCCCGAAGGAAUUAACGUUGACGAGAGGACCCUGACGAUGUGAGAUUAACGAGACUAUGUUCGGAAAACAGGGCGGGACUUCUUCUGAGAUGAGCUUUCGACAAUACACUUGAUUUGCCAUAAUACAGAGUUUUUUACUUCAGGGUAUGAAACUGCAACCUGGUGGAUUGUGACACAGAAUCAACUGGAAAGUCGUCCUGGAAACCGUUAGGAAAGGGGCAGGUGCUUGCAAAAGAUACAUGGCUUGUGAUUGGAUGAACCAUCUGUCCGUCACGUAUCACGCAGAUCACGUGGUUUCUGCAAGGGCACCGAUUGGUCCGAACCGCUGUGGUUUCAGACGCAAGCGCAGCACCUGAGGACCGGUGUGGGUACCAGAUUGACUCGGCUGCCAGAUCGACUCGGGGUCCUGCGCUUACAGAUGACGUAUCGACACUUGACGUGUCGACACAAGCCAACGGACAAAACCCGGAAGGGUUGUUUAUAAAAGGGGCUGUAUCAUGGACAUAAAAAGAAGGCUCAAUCCGUUUUGGUUUUGAUUUCAUUGAACGCAGCCCGUUCUUUCGCACAAACAAAGCCAUUGGAAACACGUCUAAAAGCACUGAUGAAUGCAUAUGUAACCCAGUUCCUGUUAGGGACUCUUAUUCUGAAGGAGGAGAACGGAAGUGUCUGCGUGUGGAUCGCUGUUUAGACUCUGUGUUGGGAGCGCUGGAAAUAAAGUGGGUCGCCCCGUUCAGUGAAUGGAGUUAACCGAUUCUUCUUUUAUAUAUAACCCAAGUAUAGGCAACAAUAAUUUGUACAUUCGAUUAUUAUUCAUAGAUUAGAAUAAUCAAAAGGAGAUCGUUAAUACUUGGGAAUAACAUGGGAAUGAUUGCGCAUGCGCAUUUAAAAGACAGCGUUUACAGGAAGUGCGUCAUUAUUGCGCAUCUAGGACCCCGAGUCGAUCUGGCAGCCGAGUCAAUCCGACACCCACACCGGCAGGAUGGAUUCCCGCACAAUCGGGAUUUCGCGAAUCCAGCGCAUGGUGAACAAAAACGGGAAAUAAAAUUAACUAGAGAGUCAGGACACACUGAGAGACUCCGGCCAAACAGAGGGAAGCGAGGGGGUCGAGCCUUAAAGGCCUGACACCUUUUGUGCAAUAAACAAAAAAAUACUAUGACUGCUGAUUUACCGACUGGACGUGUCUGGUUCACGCCAUCUUCUUUUCGUCUGGUCUUAAAGUAGUCACGAACUGCUUAAAUGGGAUUCAGCAGCUUUUUCUUUGUGUUGGUUUCUCAUUUGCCAGUUAAUUAGGUUAACUAAUAUAGUGUACAUAGAGAGGAACCAUGAAGUGGUGGUCAUGGACGGUGCGGUACCUUAGGUUUGGACAACUUUUCUUUGUUGCGUGCAGAACUAUUGCGAUCUGAAAAUGUGAAAUGUUUGGAGAUGUAAUCUUAGUAUGCAAGUUAUUAAAACAAUUGUGUUCUUUAAUUAAAACCUUACUUAAAGAAAACAAAAACGUAUAUUGAAGCACAAUAUUCUUCAAUGAAAGACGGAGAGUAGAUUACUGUUCUAUGAAUCGGACAUUGGAGUUAAAACGUGUACAUUUUAGCACAACCGCCCUGAGCUCUGAAGGUUUUAUAGAGGUGCAGCGAGUGGAACUCACUUUUAAAUGUCCUCCUUUAAUGUGUGUCCCGAAAGAUGUUUACAUUUGAUGUACAUACCGUUUUUAAAGGGCUCACAGACCCUGGAGUAUCCCUGAGUGUGUCUCUGGUGGGACGAUGGGCUUCAAGAUAAACGGGUCACAACUGUCAUUGAAUCCAUGUUAAUUAAAUGUUUCAUUAAACUGGACUGGACUUACUAA